UCCGGCUAGAAUUGCGGGCGUGGGCCGCGGACGGGACGAGCCAGCGGGAUACCGAGCCGCUCGGCCGCCGCCAAUGACUCCGGAGCUCGGGUUCAAGUAGCGCACCCCGGAGCUCCGCGGCCCCGGCGUUGAUGAAAAAGCGCUGCGCGGCGGCGGCGGGGAGCCAUGAGCUGUCUGGAUGUGAUGUACCAAGUCUACGGUCCUCCACAGCCUUACUUCGCAGCCGCCUACGCCCCCUACCACCAGAAACUAGCCUAUUACUCCAAAAUGCAGGAAGCCCAAGACUGCAGCGCCAGCCCUAGCAGCAGUGGCAGCGGAAGCUCCUCGUUCUCCAGCCAAACACCAGCCAGUAUAAAAGAGGAGGAAGGCAGCCCAGAGAAAGAGCGCCCACCAGAGGCAGAGUACAUCAACUCCCGUUGCGUCCUCUUCACCUAUUUCCAGGGGGAUAUCAGCUCUGUGGUGGACGAACAUUUCAGUAGGGCCCUAAGCCAGCCUAGCAGCUACUCCCCCAGUUGUACCAGCAGCAAAGCCCCGCGGAGCUCUGGGCCCUGGCGAGACAGCACCUACCCGAUGAGCCAGCGAAGCUUCCCCGCCUCGUUCUGGAACAGUGCGUACCAGGCGCCGGUGCCCGCUCCGCUGGGCAGCCCGCUGGCCGCCGCGCACUCGGAGCUGCCCUUUGCCUCCGCCGACCCCUACUCGCCCGCCGCACUGCACAGCCACCUGCACCAGGGCGCCACCGACGCCUGGCACCACGCGCACCCGCACCACGCUCACCCGCACCCGCAUCCGCACCAUCCUUACUCCCUGGGCGGCGCCCUGGGCGCCCAGGCCGCCGCUUACCCGAGACCCGCCGCUGUGCACGAGGUCUACGCGCCGCACUUCGACCCCCGCUAUGGGCCGCUGCUGAUGCCCGCCGCCUCGGGGCGUCCGGCCCGCCUUGCACCCGCCUCUGCCACCGCCCCCGGCAGUCCACCCUGCGAGCUCCCCACCAAGGGCGAGCCGGCCGGUGGCUCGUGGGCAACACCUGGGGGACCCUUCGUGAGCCCCACGGGGGACAUGGCCCAGGGUCUGGGCCUCAGCGUGGACUCAGCUCGUCGCUAUUCCCUCUGUGGUGCAACCCUUCUGAGCUGAUCUGCCAUCCAGGGUUUCCCCUCCCCUUUCCCUUCUGACCAGCCUGGGAGGCUCAGCAUCUGUGCCUCUUGCUUCCUGGAUGAGGACACAUAGGGCAAGGCAGAGACUUCAAACUUCUCCAUGUCUUGGGAAAACCAAAAACCACAUUUACAGACAUGUCAUCUAAAAUAAAUCUCUUCUGCCAGAGCAGAUCCAGAGACUGAAUUCUAUUUCAUGACUUUUGGCCAAAUCACUGGAAAUAUCUGUGGUGAGACUGCGUAGUCCAGUGACAUGAAACCAUAAGCUUUCUUGGAAUGGGGGAAAGCAAAAAGGAGACCUUUCGAUGUGCCUCUUUCACAUUAAUGUGAAUGAUAGUGUGAUUAUGGCACUACUGAUGUCAGUGCCCUCUGACUUUAAGAUGGAUUUGG